UUUUGUUAUUUACCAGUUAUUUACUUAUUAGUUAUUACAUUUAUUAUUGGUUAGUUACUCAUUAAGAAACUUUUCAUGAGCUGUUUAACUGUAGUAAUUUUUGUUUAUUUAAAUAUUUAUUAGUGUUUUCAGUUUGAUAUUAUUUUGGUUUUUUAUUAAGUAAUAUGCAGGAAUUCCUUAAAUAUUCAGAAAUAGUUGGGAAAUUUUUUUCAUUAGUUUGAAGUUCUUCAUCAAUAAAAAUGCUUGGAGGUUAAGUAAUGGAAUGUGGCUUCAUGCCAAAGAAAUAAUGAAGAAUAAUAAAGGGAAACGAGCAAUGUAGAGUUAUGGCGGAAUUUCUGCCGCUAUGUGAUCUACUGUUUAAUGUUGUAUCUUUAGCGGCAUACUUUUGCGACAUAGUGUUUGACCUAUUAAUGGUUUAUGCUCUCUAUGAGAAGCAAAUGAAAUUGCAAUUCGUCCAGUGCCUAACAGUAGUUCUAUUUGCCUCAAUUGUGAUUCAAGUUCUUUCCCUUAAUUGGUACCUGAAUAAUAAACCACCACACUGUACUCGGUUUAUGGUGGUGAUUUUACAUGUAGCUCAGUUGGGAGUUGUAUGGAGAUAUGCACGUCUCCUAAUUCCUGUUAAAUUGACAAACGUUAAGAAUGAAGUAAAAGAUCUUUGUAUCCUCCGCUUGGUUUAUGGAUUUCUGCAAGCUGCUCCUAUGUUGCUUAUUGAAUUAAGCAUGUUGCUAUCAGAAAGUACAGAAGGACCCUCCAGUGACCUUGUUAAAGUAUCUUCUGCACUGAGUUUGUUUUCAAUUUGUUGGGCGCUUGCAUCAUUCAGUAAACAUGUGCAAAAUGUUGACAGAUUAGUUUUGACAUGGUUGGGAGUUAUAUCACAGUUAUUGUGGAGGGCAGGAACUGUCUCAGCAAGAGCACUUGCAUUAUCUGCUUAUACAAUCAGUUACCAUUCUUGGAUAUUUUUAGUAUUGGCACUCCACUGGGCAUGCAUGUUUUUAUGGUUACUGUCUCCAAAAAGUACGUUUCAUGGACAGGGUAAGCAGAGAUUGGGCAUGUGUGUAAUUAUUUCGGCAAUGUAUAUAAUUGCCUACAUAAACAUACAUGACAAACCCCACAGUCGUACAAUGAUCAUCUUUUAUACAGUGAUGCUGCUCGAAAAUUCUGUUUUGGUAGGUGCUUGGCUAGCUACAAUUUGGCAAAAUCGUAACAUAAACUGGCAAGUGAUUCCUUGUCUCACAGUUGGACUUUUUGGCUUGGGGAUCUUUUUUAUGCUAAUUUAUUAUCGAUUUUUUCACAUAAAAAGGCUUUUAGAGAAGCCUUCUGAGCCACCAGGAGUGUUCAAGUGCAGGUUCGUAAAUCCGUCGGCUGAAGCAUUGUAUCGAAAGAAGAAAAAACCAACAAGUUUCGUACCUCCUCCUGGUCUUAAUCAAGUUUCUGUACCGUUCUGGAGGAGGCCUCUUCCUUCUUCUAGCGAAAAUGAAGGAAGUAGUGUUGGUUCGCGAGUCAAUAUUCAACAGAAACUUCAAGAGAAAAAAGAAAAGCAGUUGGCUGAGUUGAAGAUAAUUGAAGAAGAAAUUAAGCAGGGUAAAUUGGGAGGUCCGGUGGGCGUGGAAUUAGACGAUCGUCAGCCUAUUCCCCGUACAAAACAUCAUGUGGAACCUCAACUGCUAAGCCUCGCAUCUUUGAAUAAUUUGGCAAGUUAUGGUGUUAAUUUGAAUCGUCGUCCGCCUCCAAGGGCUCCCAGAAGUCGUACCCCCGAGCUUUUGCUCACACCUCGUUAUUUAUACUGUGAUUGUCCGAUUCCGGAACCGGAACCGGUGGAUCCCCCAGCAUUACACCCACCAUCAGAUCUAGAAAGUCAAUUGUCACUCCCACGGUCGUACACCUUACCGCGUGAGUUUAAAUAUUAUAGAAGAACUCGAUCGAGGAGACCAAUAAGGGGAGUCGUAUCGACAAAUAGCAGCGAUGGUGAUGUAGAUUCUGCCGAAGAAUCGGAUUAUAAUUCGCCCCCCGUACCGAUUCGUAAUUUACGACACCCUUAUAGGCACGAGACGAGGUUGUAGUGUCUUAAUCGCUGGCCGAUGUUAUUAAGUAAUUUAUGCCAUUAUGAAACGAUUCCUGCCUCUAUGAUUUUAUAUUUAUCUAUUUUUGUACAAACUUUUGUAUAGCAAUAUAUUUUUAUGUCAAGUUUUAUUAGUAAAAAGAAUUGAAUAUU